AUGGUGCUACAAAAUCAAGCUGAUGGGCAUGAGUCAAAGUUUAUCAAGAAAAUUGUUAAAGUGAUUGAAGACAAACUGUGUCGUGUGCCCUUAAGUGUUACACCUUACCUGGUCGGAAUUCAAUAUCAGGUUGAAAACCUUAACUUAUGGUUACAAGAUGGAUCACCAGAUGUUGGCAUAUGGAAAAUCUGUGGUAUUGGUGGAAUAGGAAAAACAACCAUUGCACGACUUGUUUACAAUUCUAAUUUUAAAAAAUUUGAAGCAAGCAGUUUCAUUGAAAAUGUGAGAGAAAUUUCAGAACAACACAAUGGCUUAGUUCAGAUACAGAAGCAACUCCGUUCUGAUAUUUUGAGUGGCAGAAAAGUGAAAAUACUGAGUGUUAGUGAGGGGAUAAUGAAGAUUAAGGAUGUCAUAGGAUCUAAAAGAGUACUUGUUGUUCUAGACGAUAUUGAUCGUACAGGCCAAUUAGAUGCAAUACUUAGUAUGAGAGAUUGUUUCUGUCCAGGAACUGGCAUUGUUUCCGACAGGACCAUCCCAUUGAAGGUUACAUGGAAAUUUCAUAAAGGGAAAAGUUUAGAUGUAUGGGAGAGUGCACUACAGAAAUUGAAGGCUAUUCCAAACAGUGAAGUCUUGAGUAAACUUAGAAUAAGCUAUGAUUCUUUACAAGAUGACCAUGACCAAAAUUUGUUCCUUCAUCUUGCAUGUUUCUUUAUUGGAAAGGACAAGGAUAUCAUUGUCAAAAUACUAGAUGGAUGUGAUUUCUACACCAUUGUUGGCAUUCAAAACCUCAUUGACAGAUGUUUGGUGUUUUGUGAUGGUAACAAUAAAAUGAGGAUGCAUCACAUGAUUAGAGACAUGGGGAGAGAAAUUGUUCGCCAGGAAACAAAGUAUCCUGAGAAACGUAGUAGAUUAUGGCAUCAUAAAGAUUCUUUCAAUGUACUGAGAGAGAAAAUUGGUACAAAAAAAAUUGAAGGCCUCGUCCUGAACAUGCAUAUGUACCUAGCAGACAAUCCUACAAGAAACUCAAAGGAGGUAGUCUUGGAAACAAUUUCAUUUACAAGUAUGCGCAAAUUAAGAUUACUCGACCUUUGUAAUGUACAACUGAAUGGAAGUUAUGAAGAGUUUCCUCAAGGACUAAGAUGGUUGUGCUGGGUUGAAUUCCCCUUGGACUCUGUUCCGAGUGAUUUUCGUUUUGAGAGUCUUGUUGUUCUUGAAAUGCCUAGUAGUAACUUGAGACAGGUGUGGAAGGGAAUGAAGAACCAGCUUCCAUCAUUGAAGAUGCUUGAUCUCAGCAAUUCCCUUUACCUUACUGAAGUUAGUGAUUUCUCGUUAGUGCCCAAUCUAGAGAAAUUGAUUCUUGAACAUUGUCCAAGAUUGGUUGAAAUCCAUGAGUCCAUUGGAAUCCUAGAGAGUCUUGUUUAUAUGAGUAUGAAAGAUUGCAAAACUAUUACCAAGCUUCCUGAGAAUUUUUCUGUUCUAAAAUCACUGGAGACGCUUGUCAUAUCUGGUUGCUCAAAUCUGAAUGAGUUUCCAGUGCAGAUGAGAAAGAUGAAAUCUCUGAAAGUGCUUGAAGUAGAUGAAGUUCCCAUAAACCAAUUUCUCACUACCACAGGGGAGGUCAUAUCAUGGCCAAGGAAAAGUAUAGAUAAUUUUUGGGCUUCAUUCCCCUCAACUCUAGUUGACUUGAGUCUUAGAAACUGCGGACUUUUUGAUGAUGCUUUUCCUAUGAGUUUUAGUAACUUGUGUUCACUGCAGACAUUGGAUCUAAGCAUGAAUCCAAUUGCUGGCUUACCGGAUUGCAUCAGAGGCCUCAGAGGGAUUGAUCUCCUUAAGUUUCAAAAGUGUACAGGUCUUAAAUCUCUUGUAAGACUACCAAAAGUGAAAGUACUGGAUAUGUGGGAUUGUGAGUCAGUGGAAAAAAUAACAUUUCAGUCAAUAUCAUGCAUACCAAAUAAAAUAGAGAUAUAUCUGGCUACACGCUCCAAACUGUCUGAGAUUGAGCACUGGUUCAAGUUGGAACCUAUUGAGAAGGUUGAUGUAAAAUUGAUCAACGUUUUAGGCUUGCACAACUUGAAUCCUAGGGAACUUAUUAACAUGUACAAUGCCUGUCUUUAUCUAUCAAACAAAAUGCAUCCCAUUCAGGGAGUGUCUGAAUAUGGUAUAUUCAACACAUUUCUUCUUGGAAAUGAGGUUCCGGGGGAGUUCAACCGUAGAAGUAGUGGUGCCUCCUCAAUGUCUUUUACUGUGCCUUUACUUCCUCCUAACCUCAGGAUUCGAGGCUUCAACUUUUUCUCUGUCUAUGCGGACUCCGAAGGUGUUCGUUCUGGUCUUCUACCUAAUCAUCCUGUAAUGAUAAGAUUCAUUAAUAAGAGCAAGUCCCUGAAGUGGAUCUAUGGGCCGUCAUUCUAUGGCAUUCCAAGUAAGGAGAAAAACAUAAUAUGGUUGAGCCAUUGGAAGUUGGGGAAUCGAUUGGAAGGUGGCGAUGAAGUCUCUAUUUCAGUGUAUACACCCCAGCAACAUUUCCAAGUUAAAGAAUGGGGCAUCCAAAUUGUGGAAGAACAAGAAGACCAGAUUAUCAGUACCCCCGAUAGCAGCAGCAACAUAAAUUCAUGUUAUUCAGAUCAAGAUGUCAAUGAUGUCAUUGGUGGAGAUUUGUUAGAGUAUCAGGUGAUGCCAGGAACAUACUUGCUUAGCGGUGGACCUGUAGAAGAAAAUAGAGAACUGUAUAAUAGUUGGAUCGAUAAGUCUGUUUGGUUGAAUAACAUGAUUGAAGACUCUGCUGAAGAAACAGAAGAAAGGCAGCAAGAGCAGCAUUAUGGUGAGUCUGACAUGAUGCCUGCAUCAGAAGUAGAUGCAGGGAGGGUUUGCAUCGGCUGCAAGUUUUUCAUUAUAGCCAUUAUCGAAUGCUCAUCGUCUCAACAAGCUUCCUCCUCCAGUAUUUCUCCUUGUCACUUGAGUUACCAAGUCUUCCUCAGUUUCAGAGGUAAAGACACUCGCAAGAGUUUCACCGAUCAUCUCUUCACUGCCCUGACCAAUGCAGGCAUCUGCACUUUCCGAGACGACGAUGAACUUCCGAGAGGAGCAGAGAUCAGGCCAGAACUAGAGAGCGCCAUCCAACACUCUCGAUGUUCAGUCAUCGUGUUUUCAAAAGACUACGCGUCGUCCAGUUGGUGUCUGGACGAGCUGGCGACGAUACUUGAAUGCAAGAAGAGCUCUGAUCAGUUCAUUUUGCCGAUCUUCUACGACGUCAACCCGUCACAUGUGAGGAAGCAGACAGGGAGCCUUGCAAAGGCAUUCAUCACACACCAAAAGAAUCAGACAAGGGAGAAGUUGAUUCGAUGGAAGACAGCACUUACUGAAGUUGCAUCUCUAUCGGGCAUGGCGUUAAAAGAUAAAGCUGACGGGCACGAGGCAAAAUUUAUCGAGAAAAUUGUUAAGGAGAUUGAAGCAAAGUUAAAUCGAGUUCCCUUGUGUGUGUCCCCUUACCUGGUUGGAAUUGAUUCCCGAGUAAAAAACAUCAAUGCAUGGUUACAGGAUGGAUCAUCUGAUAUUGGUAUAUUUGGAAUUUGUGGGAUUGGUGGUGUAGGAAAGACAACUAUUGCACAAGUUGUUUAUAAUCUAAACUUUGAGAGAUUUGAAAGAAGCUGCUUUGUUGAAAAUAUCAGAGAGAUUAUAGAACGGCCAAAUGGCUUUGUUCAAAUACAGAAACAACUUCUUUCGGAUAUAUUGAAUCGGAGAAAAGUGAAAAUAAGUAGUCCUAGUGAGGGAAUGAGUAAAAUUAAAGAAGCCUUGAGCUAUAAAAGAGUUCUUCUGGUUCUGGAUGAUGUGGAUCACAAGGGCCUAGUUGACGCAAUACUUGAGAUGAAAGGCUGCUUUUGUUCUGGAAGUAAAAUUAUAAUAACAACACGGAAUGCAGGAUUGCUCAAGCGUCAUCGAGAUAUCAAGGUGCAUAAUGUUGAAACUUUGAACCAUAUCGAAUCAUCAGACCUCUUCAGUAGGCAUGCUUUUGGACACAACCACCCUAUUAAAAGUUACUUGGAACUUUCAGAUAGGGUUGUGAAAUACUGCGAAGGGCUUCCAUUAGCUCUUCAAACAUUGGGUUCUUCUCUCUCAGGGCAGACUAUAGAUGUAUGGGUAAGUGCAUUAAAGAAAUCCAAAACUAUACCAAACAGUGUUGUGAUGAGUAAACUCAGGACGAGCUACAACUCUUUACAAGAUGAGCAUGAUCAGAGAUUAUUCCUCCAUAUUGCAUGUUUUUUUAUCGGAAAGGAGAAGGAUACCAUUGUCAGAAUCUUAGAUGCAUGUGGUUUCUACACAACCGUUGGCAUUCAAAAUCUCAUUGAUAGAUAUCUGGUUAGAAUAGAAGAAUGUAAUAAGGUGAAGAUGCAUCACAUGAUUCGUGAUAUGGGGAGAGAAAUUGUUCGUCUAGAAUCAAAAGAUCCCGAGGAACGUAGUAGGCUAUGGAAUUACAAGGACUCUCUUAAUGUACUGAGAGAAAAGACUGGUACAAAUGCAAUUGAAGGCCUUGUCCUGAACAUGCCUGUGUACCCUGCACAUGUUCCUUCAAGAAAUUCAGAUAUGGAGGUCUUGGAUACCGAUGCAUUUUCAAUGAUGAACAAACUCAGAUUCCUCCAUCUUGGUCAUGUACAGCUCAAUGGUAGUUAUGAAAUGUUUCCUAAAGGAUUGAGAUGGUUGUGUUGGCGUGAAUGUCCUUUGGAUUCAAUCCCGAUUGACUUUCCUAUGGAGAUGCUUGUUGUUAUUGAAAUGCCCUGUAGUAGAUUGAGACAAGUGUGGAAUGGAGCAAAGAGUCUUCCAUCAUUGAAGAUCUUUGAUCUCAGCCAUUCCUCAAACCUUACUGAAACUGGUGACUUCUCAUUGGUUCAGAACCUGGAGAGACUUAUUCUUAAACAUUGUUUAAGCUUGGUUCAUGUCCAUGAUUCCAUAGGGAAGCUACAGAAACUUGUUUACUUGAAUUUGAAAGAUUGCGUAAAUCUUAUGAAGCUUCCAGAGAACAUUCAUAUGCUAAACUCACUUGAAACACUUAAUAUAUCGGGUUGUUUAAAUCUUUCCGAGUUUCCAACAGAGAUUAGGAACAUGAAAUCUCUCAAAGUGUUUCAAGCAUAUGGAGUUCCAAUAGAUCAGCUAAUCAGUAACCCCGGGCAGCUUAAAUAUCAGCUACAAUCCAAUUUCUACCUUGCCGGAUUGCAUCAGAAGCCUUUCUAA